AUGGCUUGGGAUGAGAUGAAGGAGCUUACGCGCAAAAAGUACUGUUCAAGAGCUGAGAUUCAGAAGUUGGAAACCGAGUUUUGGAACCUCAAGAUGGAUGGUCCAAAGAUUGCUGAGUAUGUGCAGAGAUUUCAUGACUUAUCUCGCGUUGUUCCCUACAUGAAAAAGGAGACUCAUGUCGAGUCAUCUGGAGAAAACAAGCGGAAGUUCUCCAACUUCAAGAAGGGUACUAAAGGAAACAACAGUGGUAACAAGAAAAGGGAUGCAAACCCACCAGCCGAGGUCAAAACUAGUGUUGUGAGUUCUGAGAACAAAGGGAAAGGAUACAUGGGCACUUUGCCUAAUUGUGAUGUAUGCCUGUUAUAUCAUGCCGGCCCAUGUAGGUAUAGGAAGUGUGAAAAUUGUGGAAGGAAUGGUCAUUCAAAAGAGACGUGCUGGGUUGGUAAGGGUCGUGGAAGUGGUGGCCAGAGAGGUAAUGGUAGUGGCAGUGGAAACCGUGGUGGAAACGGUACUGGGAAUAGAAACAAUCAAGGAGGAAAUGGUGGCAAUGCGAACCAUGGUGGUUUUGGAAAUCAAGCUGGAAAUGGACACCGCAACCACAACAACCAAGGUGGCAAUGGAAACAUGCAAGGAUGCUUUAGCUGUGGAGAUAUUGGGCAUUUCAAGAGAGAUUGCCCGAAGAACAACCAAGCUCAGGGGAGAGUUUUUAACAUUGGAGCUAGGGAAGCUUGCCAAGAUCCAAACGUAGUCACGGGAAAGGUGAAUGUCGUAGCAGACGCCUUAAGUAAGAAAGAGAGGAUUAAGCCCAUAAGGGUUAGGGCUUUGGAGAUGAUUAUACAGGCAGAUCUCUCGUUGCGCAUCCGUGCUGCAUAG